AUGACGACGCAACAAAAUUUAAAAAUUUCCUUAUUCCCACAAAAAACAUUUGCCAAACAUCAUGAAUCAAUAAUUCAACAGAUUGAAUCGAUAGAACGUAAAACUUUUCCGAAACAUGAAGUUAUAGAGGUUGAAAAGAAUGCACAAAAAAACCAAGAAAUUAAAAUUAAAAUUUAUGGAUAUAUAAUUUACUCAUAUUUGGCUAGUAAUAACUCAUUAUUACCAUUGACACGUAUUCUAAAAAUAUGCAUUCACCAGGAUUACAGAGGACAAGGAUUAGGAACAAUGAUAUUAAAACAUGCGAUUGACACCAAUAAAGUUCCUGAAAAAAGUAAAGCUGAACUAUAUGUUGAUGUUAAAAGACAAGUUGCAAUUAAAUUAUAUGAAAAAUUUGGUUUCAAAAUUAAAGAAUUGGUUAAAGAUUAUUAUCAGCCUGAGAGAGAUGCUUAUUUGAUGGUAUUAGAAUAA